UCUUUUAUCUACUUUUUGUAGUAAUUUAGGCUAUUACCUAUUUAUCUUAUACAGAGGUAGCAUAAUGGCCCUUUUGUUUCAUGGGGAGUCAUCUUACACAUGGUACUGUACUCUUGUUCUGAUGUUUUCUUAUGCCAUUGGUGAACUAAGCCAUUAUUUAUUGGGUGUUAUCUCCAAACCAAUGGCAGAGGAGAUACAUUUUGGUGAGAUGGGAUGCAUGCCCGCCAACAACUCCAAAUCUUUGGGCCUUUGUAGCAAUAUGCAGGGAAAUGAGAUACUUUGCAGUAAUGCCACGGUUAACGGAACACAAGUUUGCAUCUGGGAUUACAAAGGCGAUGGUGUAGAUUAUCAACUUCUAGCUGGUCCAAUUUUUGUUGCGAUCUUCACUAUCAUGGGCAUUGUAUUAGGUGUUCUUGGUGACAGAUACAACAGAAUCCGAAUACUCUUCAUAUGUGUCCUUAUUUGUUCUACAAUGACUCUGAUGACAGGCUUUGCAAAGGAAUAUUGGCAAUUGGCUGUACUAAGAUUGGUAUUUGGUGCUGCUGAGGCAGGAUUUUCUCCAUUGAGUGCAAGUAUAAUUGCUGAUAUUUUUGGAAAGGCUUCACGAGGUCUAGGAAUGAGUAUCUACAAUUGGGGAAUUUAUUUUGGAUUUGGUUCUGCAUUUGCAGUGGGUAAUUUGGUAACAAAAGCAAAUAUAAACAAUCAAGGAUGGAGAUGGGCUUACUAUAUAUCGGGAAUACCUGGUUUUUUCAUAUCAUUAGUAAUUUUAAUAUCAUUGCGAGAGCCGAAUAGAAAAAAUGUAAAUAUAAACUAUACAAAUGAAGAAUAUGAACCCAUCUUAUCAGAAUCCAUGGGAGACCAGUCUCUGGAAUCUGAUUCAGGUAUCAAAAAGAUUCUGAAUGUGAUCAAAGUAUAUAUCACUAUGCCAUCAUUUUUACUACUACUUGUAGCUGCAUGUGUUCGUCAUUCUGCAAGCUUUUGUUUUGCAUAUAAUGCUCAAUUGUAUUUCACAGAAUUUUAUCCCCAAACUAAUCUUGGCUUGUGGAUGACAUUGUCACCCAUCAUCGGAGGAACAGUAGGAAUUGCUUUGGGUGGUUUCAUAUCUGAUUUGGUUGUAUCAAAAUAUGGGGCCAAUACUCGCAUGUGGGUAUUGGCAACAAGUCAGUUAAUUGCUUCACCAUUCGCAUUUGGUGUUCUUUACCUUGAUCCACCUUUUUGCUUUUUUUCGCUUAUUGGAGCUUAUUUAUUUGCAGAAAUGUGGUUUGGGAUUCUAUUUGCAGUUCUUGUUGAAUUGUUACCUACUCACAUAAGGUCAACAUGUUUGGCAACUUUCUUUUUUGUUGUCAGCAAUGUUGCCAGCCUUGUUUUGCUCAGUGUGCCUGAUCUCAAAAAUAAUAUGGGUUCUCGUGAAGCUUUAACGCUGGUUUAUCCAGGGUUUUAUCUUAUAAGUUCUUUGUUGUUUUUUAUUUCUCAGCUCUUGCUUCGAAGAGAGCAUCAAAAUUGAUGUUAAUAUAUUAUCAAAUUUUUAUUGUAACUAGUAUGUGUUGUAUUUUGCAUUAUUCAAAUUUUAUAUUGCUUAAAUAACUUGAGUAUGUGCUAAUACAUAACAAGCUUCGUGACUGAUUUUAGAAUCUAAAAGUUGAAGUUUCUACUGUUUGUAAAAUUGAAAUAGUGCAAUUUAUUGAAUUCCAGUAUAUUGUUUUUAUAUCAUGUUGAAAUUUUUUAAUACUACUAUCUCCAAUUACGUAUUGUGCAACUAGUAAUGACGGUAAUGCAUGUCACAUACAAUUUUAUAUACCUUUAAGUUUUUUUGUUUCUCCAAUAGGAAAUGUAUGUGUAUAUUCAGUGUUACAUAUUUUAAUGUGUUUAAAUUGGCUAAUUAUGGGUAAAUAUAUAAUAUAUUUUCCAUACUAAUAAUCUAAUGAAAUAAUUGAUCUUGUAUAUGAUUUUGUUUCAUUCAUAAAUUUUUAAUUAAUUAAUUAUGUCACUGUGCUCAUGCAAGCUUCAAUUGAACCAAAAUUAAGUACGGUACAUAAUUCAGUUUGUCAUUCAGGGCCUCAUUGAUUUUACCUAGAACCUUGCCUUAUAUGCCAAUUUUUGACUUUAUUCCGCAGCUGCCUUCGUGUGAUCAAUUUCUUUUACCUUUACGAUACCUUUUUUUGUCUUCCAUGUUUUUAUUUAAACUUUCACAGAGUAUGUUUAUUGUAUUUUAUGUGCAG